GUGGCGUCCCCAAGAGGGAGUCAGGCCCUGCGCGAAGCCGACCUUUUCAGGACAUGCUUGCAGCUUCGGACACAGCAGCGGGCCCGGCUCCUCGCCGACACACGCCGCGCCGGCAACGCAGUUGAGGCUGCUGACAUAGCUCUGAUCUUCGCCUUAGAUCGCACCGACUUCGCGCUGCAGCAGCUGAGGUCCUUCAAAGGAAGCGAAGCACUGCCCCUUGACACGCCAGUGCGCUUCUGGGAGGACCGCGACUGGCGCGCGAGGUCAACAAAGUCCCAGCAGGUGCUGGCGCAACGGCGCAAGCUUCGUGAGGACCUAGAUGAGCAGUGGUCGCAAGCGCAAACUGCAUUGAACCGCAUUCGCGCCUGCAGCACGCUCUGCGGAAUCGCCGGUGAAGGCAGUUCUCGGUGCCGGGACCUUGCCGCCAUUCUCGAGCGUUGCGAAUCAGCACUGCUGCAGAGCACUUCCAAGUGUGGCACUGCGCAGGAAUGGGUGUUUCUGGAUUCUGUGCUGCCGGUUCUCCUGGGAGAAGAGCUUCGAGCUCAGGAAUCCGGCGGACUUCCUGGGGCCGAUGAGGAGGAGGUUCGCUUGCGUCUCAUGCUUCAAGACUUGACGCACCACAAUGAAGCUUUGCACCGUGAGAUCGAGGAGCAGCAGCGCAACCACCCGAAGCCUGAGAACUCCAGAGACGGCUGCACUGAUGGGGAAGAUUUCGGCGCAGUUGCACGUACACCGCAUGACGGAGAAGACUCCUUGUCGGUCCAGGCGGCUGAGCUUCGAACAGCCCUUGCAGAGGCCUACGAAGAGCUCUCAAGAUGGCAACAGGAAGACCCAUCUGCCAGCAAUACUUUGCACAGCUACCUGUGCAGACUUUCCUCAGCGCAUGUUCUUUCCAGCACAAGGACUGGCCUUCCGCCAUCGAGCACGGACAGAGGAAGAUGA